AUGCAAGACUCUCAAGACGAAGACUCAGAUUAUCUAUAUAAAAUUGUCUAAAAUUUAAUAUAAUUUGCUUGAGACUUAAUUAUUGAAAUUAUUAAUUAUAUAUUAAAAUAUAUUUUUUUUAUAAUAAAAUUAUAUUAAAAUAAUUUUUGAAAGCUAACAAAGGGGAGAGCUAGCCCCUCUUCAAUGAGUAAGCAAAAAAUUUCAAAUAAUUUUUUUUUGGCAUUUUCUUAUAUAAAUAAUAACGAUUAUAAUAAUUCUCAGUCUAGUUCCGUUAAGCUUAAGGCAGUUUAUAUUCAAAAACAUAAAUUUAAUAAAUAAAUUAGUUUCCUUAUUUCACAUAUUAAUAAUUUGUAUUUUUUGGAAUUCGAAUAAACAUUUUUAAUAAUAGGGCAAGCUAGUAGGAGAAGCAGGGGUUGGGAAAACUCAUCUUCUCUCGCGCUACAUAAAAGGAACCUUGCCAAAGAACCCUACUUCAACAAUUGGAGUAGAAUUCGCCACCAGGACUGUUCCCUUAUUAUCAGGCGGUACUGUUCGUGCGCAGAUAUGAGAUACGGCUGGACAAGAAAGGUAUAAAUCAAUUACCAGUGCACAUUAUAGAAGAGCAGUUGGGGCUUUGCUUGUUUACGAUGUUACUAGUGAAAAAUCUUUUAUUAAUCUGAGAAAAUGACUGGCUGAUCUAAAGGAAAAUGCCGAAGAAGAUAUUGUUAUUAUGCUAGUAGGAAAUAAAAUCGAUUUGUGUCAAACUACACCGCUUAUGAAAAAAGUGAGCACAGAAAUGGGGCAAAAAUUUGCUCACUCCCCCCCCUCCGUGAGUGAACAAAACCAUUAGAAAAAUCUCCAUUUUUUGCCCAAAAAAACCACCCUCCGUGAGUGAACAAAAAUUUUUUUAAUACAAAAAUUUUUUAUGGAAAAAAAUUUUGAUAUAUAAAUGAUAAUUAGUAUAAUGAAAUCUAGAGCUAAUUCUAUUUAAUUUUAAACGGAUUGCUUUUUAAAACAUAAAUUUUAUAAAUUAAAUUAAUAUUUGCUUUCCAAUUUUUGCGAAUUAGGAUUUUUUUAAAUUUCGAAAAAAAUAUUUUUUAUAAAAUUUAUAUAUAAUUUUUUUUAAAAAAAAAAAUUAACCCUCCGUGAGUGAACAAAAUUUUUUUGUUCACUCACGGAGGGGGGGAGUCAGGAACAUGGGAUGCUGUUUGAAGAAACUAGUGCUGUGACUGUUACAAGAGUCAGGGAAGCGUUUGAAAAUCUUCUCCAAGGUAAAUGGCAUAUAGAAAUAUACUCUGUAAAAUCAAGAACUCACAAAGGAAUGAAAACCAACGAAAGUUUUGGAAAUGUGCUGAUUCCUCAGCUAACGCAAAGGUCUAGAGUAAAUUGCUGCAUUUAA